AUGUCUUCGACCUCAGAUGAAGCCCUCUCGCCAACGACGACGCGCUCCUCCACCAAGUCCAAUAUGAAGAUCUCGAUGCCACCCCCGCCGUCGGCCUUCGUCCACCCAAGCCCCGCAUACAUCAUCGCGUCGACACCCUCGCCGUCGCAAAACCCCGCUGACGCCUCCUGGCACCCGCAAGGCCAUCAUCACCACCACAUCCACAUCGCGACGCCACACCCGCUGGCCGCGGCCACCAACUUUCUGGACAAGCACGUCCCGCUGUUCGCCAAACAGCACACCGAGUUCACGGCACAGCAGGAGAUCCGCGCCGCCAAGCGCGAGGCCCGGCACAGUCUGGUCGAGUCGCCCAUCCCGGAACUCGACGCCGAGCAUGUCAUGUCGGCCAGCGGCGGGGCGGUCGGCGCGGCGAUCCACAGCGCCACAGCGACGGGUACGGCCGCCGCGUUGGGCGAGGAGUCGCAGCAUGCCCUGGACCCGGCGGCGUGGAAUGAGGUGCUGGCCAAGCGCGAGGCCGCCAGGUUGAGGUCGGGUUCCAACAUGCCCAGACCUGAUGAGCGGUUUUCGCACGGGGCCGGCAGCGACUCCGAGUCCAAGAACUCGGGUUCGCCAGCCAUUACGCCAUAG